GAUCCAGCACUGACACUCUCCUCUUGCUUCCACUUGCAGAUUAAAACCGAAGAUCUCAGUGACUCCCUGCAGCAGACCCUCUCCCAUCGGCCAUGCCACCUGAGUCAAGGACCUGCCAUGAUGUCCGGAAACCAAAUGUCUGGGGACAUGGCUUCCCUCCAUCCGCUCCAGCAGCUUGUGCUGGUUCCCGGCCACUUACAGUCUGUAUCCCAGUUCCUGCUAUCUCAGACCCAGCCUGGGCAACAAGGUCUGCAGCCAAAUCUCCUCCCCUUUCCACAGCAACAAAGCAGCCUCCUCCUCCCACAGACUGGGCCAGGACUGACAUCCCAGGCAGUUGGGCGCCCUGGGCCGCCAGGAUCCUCUUUAGAACCCCACCUGGAAGCAUCCCAGCAUCUCCCGGUGCCCAAGCAUCUACCCAGCUCUGGAGGGGCCGAUGAGCCCAGUGACCUCGAGGAACUGGAGAAGUUUGCCAAGACCUUCAAGCAGAGGCGCAUUAAGCUGGGCUUCACACAGGGAGAUGUGGGGCUGGCGAUGGGAAAGCUGUAUGGCAACGACUUCAGCCAGACCACCAUCUCGCGAUUUGAGGCCCUCAACCUGAGCUUCAAGAACAUGUGCAAGCUCAAGCCCCUGCUGGAGAAGUGGCUGAAUGAUGCAGAGUCCUCUCCGUCAGACCCCUCAGUGAGCACGCCCAGCUCCUACCCCAGCCUCAGUGAAGUAUUUGGAAGGAAGAGAAAGAAACGGACCAGCAUCGAGACCAACAUCCGCCUGACUCUGGAGAAGAGGUUUCAAGAUAACCCAAAACCCAGCUCGGAGGAGAUCUCCAUGAUUGCAGAGCAGUUGUCCAUGGAGAAGGAGGUGGUGAGAGUCUGGUUCUGCAACCGACGCCAAAAGGAGAAGCGAAUCAACUGCCCUGUGGCCACACCCAUCAAACCACCUGUCUACAAUUCCCGGCUGGUAUCUCCCUCAGGGUCUCUGGGUCCCCUCUCUGUCCCUCCUGUCCACAGUACCAUGCCUGGAACAGUAACGUCAUCCUGUUCCCCUGGGAACAACAGCAGGCCUUCAUCUCCUGGCUCAGGACUCCACGCCAGCAGUCCCACUGCAUCUCAAAAUAACUCCAAAGCAUCAGUGAACUCCGCCUCCAGUUUUAACUCUUCAGGAUCUUGGUACCGAUGGAAUCAUCCCACCUACCUCCACUGAAACCAAAAAGUUUCUCCAACUCCACUGGGCCCUGUAUUGUGCCUGGAAGGAAGGGAAUCAUGCCUUCUAUAUACAGACAGAUUGCUUUCUGAAGAGUGCAAGAAAAUCCCCACUAUCAAUGAAUCCAGACUCUUGCCUUCUUCAGGAGCAAGGGCCUCCGAAGAUCCAAACUGUGAUUGAACCAAGUGCAGACUCCCAUUGCUCUUGAAAUAUAUAGCCCUUCCUAGGAGCUUACCGUUUUCACCUUCCUUGCCUAUGCCCUUGCCUUCUAGUUCCAAGUAUUUUAAUCAGCUUCACUGUGGCAAUGGUCUUUCCGAGAAAAGACUCCUUGCUGUUAAUCUCCAACUCAUCUGUGGGCUUCUGGGGACAACCAUUUGGCUGGAGUGCCAAACACCAGAAGGGGAGAUAAUAGUUUUGACUCUGAACUUGGCCACAAUCCCUGAACUGAUCCCAAAAUCUGUGAAAAGAUUUGAAUCUGAUAUCUCCACCAAAGCCUUGAUAUUUUCUCUGUACAGCUAAGUUUUUGGACGGAAUCUUCAUCUCACCCCAUUUUCUUUUUAACCUCACCCCCUUUUCUACAACCAAAUCCGUUCAUUAUUGCGCCCUUCAGGUCCCCUCCUUUUUGCAGAAGGCGUAAAAGAGCUGCCCUUGGUGGGUGCUCUGGACAUGUUGCGCUGCCCACUGGUGCCCUUCUGUCUGUCCACGUCUGCCUAGGGCUCAGGAGUGCCUGUUCUUUCCCUCCCUCUCUGUGUUUCUCUUUAUCCUGUCCCCUCUCCUUUCUCCUGGUGGCAGAAAAGGAAGAAUACAAGAGCAAACACACAAUAAUGACGGUGGCAAAGUACCUGUAUAUAGCCCUUUCCCAUUUUUUGCAUUAUGUUCUUAACUCCUUAAUGUGGAAUUUUCCAGCAAAACGUUUAACUCAGGUGUGAUUUUUGAAAAUGUCUCUGUAAUAUUUUAUCUUCUUUAAAAAAAAGGGGGGGAAAAUACCAAAGUGUGAAAUACUGUGCUAGUUUCCAGAGUUCCCAUAUGAGUUGGGAACCUUUUUUUUUUUUUUUUUUUUUUUGGAGACAGAGUCUCGCUCCCACCCAGGCUGGAGUGUAGUGGUGUGAUCUCGGCUCACUGCAAACUCUGCCUCCUGGGUUCAAGUGAUUCUCCUGCCUCAGCCUCCCAAGUAGCUGGGAUUACAGGCGCCCACCAGCACGCCCAGCUAAUUUUUGUAUUUUUAGUAGAGAUGGGGUUUCACCAUGUUGGUCAGGCUGGUCUGAACUCCUGACCUCCUGAUCUACCCACUUUGGCCUCCCAAAGUGCUGGGAUUAUAGGUGUGAGCCACCAUGCCCUGCCUGGUCUGGGAAUCUUUGUUGACUUCUUUGGGAACAUUAUGUCUAGAGUCUCCUUUUUUGUGGGCCAGUGUGUAGAGAUGUAACAUGAAGCCAUUCCAGAAAUGGUAACUUAAUAAAAAAGAAAAAAAAAAAGACA